GCAGGUAGCUGUAUCCAGCUGGGUGGCAGGCGGAUCCAAGGGUCACCAUGAAGUUUUCAGGACCCCUGGAGAGCCAGAGGUUGUCUCUCCUGCUGGAGACGGCAAUCUCUAGGGAAGCUCAAAUGUGGAAAGCACAUGUGCCGAAAAUUCAGCCCAAUCAGGACGUAGCCAUUUCUCCAAAGCAGAGGGAUGAGGUCAUUCAGUGGCUGGCCAAGCUCAAAUACCAGUUCCACCUUUAUCCAGAAACGCUCGCCCUGGCCAUCAGCCUUUUGGACAGGUUUUUAGCUGCAGUAAAGGCCCGUCCGAAGUACUUGAACUGUAUUGCAAUCAGCUGCUUCUUCCUCGCUGCAAAGACCAUUGAGGAAGAUGAGAGGAUUCCAGUACUGAAGGUGUUGGCUCGGGACAGCUUUUGUGGUUGUUCUCCAGCUGAAAUUCGCAGAAUGGAGAAAAUUAUCCUGGAUAAACUGAACUGGGAUCUUCACAUGGCAACGCCACUGGAUUUCCUCCAUAUUUUCCACGCAGUCGCGGUGUCCACCAGGCCCCAGCUGGCGACCGUGCUGCCCCAGCUGAGCCCCUCGCAGCACGUGGCGGCGCUCACCAAGCAGCUGCUGCACUGCAUGGCCUGUUACCAGCUGCGGCAGUUCAAGGGCUCCAUGCUGGCGCUGGCCAUCGUCAGCCUGGAGCUGGAGAAGCUGCUCCCCGACUGGCUGGCUCUCAUCAUCGAGCUGCUCCAGAAGGCACAGAUGGACAGCGCGCAGCUGAUCCACUGCCGGGAGCUCGUGGCACAUCACCUUUCCACCCUGCAGGCUUCUCUGCCGCCCAAUUCUGUAUAUGUCUACAGUCCCCUCCAGCACACCCUGGUGACCUGUAACAGAGGAGCGUUCAAACGCCAGCCCUCCUCUGUCCCAGGGCCGGGUUUCUCCCAGGACAACGGCCGGCCAGAAGCGCCGCCCCCCGCGCACCGGCGGCUGCCAGCUGCCGGCGGCUGCAAGCAAACCUCUGCCAAGCGCAAGGUGGAAGAGAUGGAAGUGGACGACUUCUACGACGGCAUCAAGCGUCUCUACAACGAAGACGUCGCUCCGGAGGCGGCAGCGGCGGCGGCUCUGGAAAACGUGGGCUCCGUUUGCGGCGCUGACGUCUCGAGGCAGGAGGGCAGCGUUUCCCCUUGUCCGCCCUUGCAGCCGGUGUCCGUCAUGUAGCUGCGAGCGGCACCAAAAGAAAACCAUGCGGAGCCCGGCGGCUUCUGGUUGCGGUGAGGGGGAGAAGGGGCCGUACCUUCUCAGGCUGGACUGAAGGGAGCCA